AUGGCGCCUCUCGUCGACAGUGCCCAGAUCGAGCAUGCCGAGCUGCUGCGCCCGCUCCCUUUCCACUUCCAUACCUACGUCUGGCCCUUCGUCAUCGUCUGGCCCGUCUUCCUGCGCUACUACCUGACGCCCGACCUCUACGACGCCUACAUUGGCGCCCCCGAGUGGACUUUUGUCUGGUGCGGCACCAUCAUCACCGUCCAGUCGCUCGUCUGGUUGAGCACGCAUUGGAGCGUCGGCCUCGACGCGCGCUUCACGGCAUCAAAGGCCAAGGAUGUCCAGGAUGCCCAGCUCAUCAAGGUUCUUCCCAUCGCAAACGCCGGUUCUGGGGAGAUUAGCAAGCUGGUUCGCGACAAGGUUGGCGGCAAGACAAAUCUAUCCUUUCUCUUCCAGAAACGCCGAUUCCUCUACAAUCCCGAUACCAAGUCUUUCAGUCCGCUCAAGUAUGACCUCGACGCCGAACCGAAACCCGCCAUCGGCCGCUUCCAGUCAAGCCGCGGCUUCGAAAAGCAAUCGGAAAUCACUCGUGUUGAGCAGCAUUACGGCAGAAAUACCUUUGAUAUCCCCGUUCCCACAUUUACCGAGCUCUUCAAGGAGCAUGCAGUCGCGCCUUUCUUCGUCUUCCAGAUCUUCUGUGUCGGACUGUGGCUCCUCGACGAAUACUGGUACUAUUCGCUAUUCACCCUCUUCAUGCUGGUCGCCUUCGAGAGCACCGUCGUCUGGCAGCGUCAGCGCACCCUCAACGAGUUCCGCGGCAUGAGCAUCAAGCCCUACGAUAUUUGGGUUUUCCGUCUGGGCAAAUGGACAGAGAUCCAGACCGACGCCCUUCUCCCUGGCGAUCUCGUGUCGGCCGGCCGAACCAGGGAGGAUAGUGGCGUUGCUUGUGACAUGCUGCUCGUCGAGGGCACUGCCAUUGUCAACGAGGCCAUGCUCUCGGGAGAGAGCACCCCUUUGCUCAAGGAUUCCAUACGGCUACGUCCGGCGGAUGCUCCUCUCGAUCCCGACGGAUUGGACAAGAACGCCUUUCUCUGGGGUGGCACGAAGGUUCUCCAGGUAACCCAUGGCAGCCCUGAUCAGGAGAAGUCGACGCUUGCUUCUGGAGUUCCCCCACCCCCCGACAACGGCGCCAUGGCAGUCGUCGUCAAGACGGGAUUCGAAACCUCUCAGGGCAGUCUGGUCCGGACCAUGAUCUACUCCACCGAGCGUGUCUCCGCCAACAACUUCGAGGCUCUGCUCUUCAUCCUGUUUCUCCUCAUCUUUGCGCUCGCUGCUUCGUGCGUUGUUCCUCCCGAGUUGCCCAUGGAGCUCAGCCUGGCCGUCAACACGAGUUUGGCAGCCCUCUCCAAGCUCGCCAUCUUCUGUACUGAGCCCUUCCGUAUUCCUUACGGUGGCCGCAUCGAUGUCGCAUGUUUUGACAAGACCGGGACUCUUACCGGCGAGGACCUGGUCGUCGAGGGCAUUGCCGGCUUGGGCCUCGCCAACUCCGAUAUCCCUGACAAGAAGGAGGCUGAUGGCGCCCACUCCAACAUGACGGCAGUAGUAAAAGCCGGCCUCGAGACCCAGCUCGUGCUCGCGACGGCACACGCACUGGUCAAGCUCGACGAGGGAGAUAUUGUUGGUGAUCCAAUGGAAAAGGCCACCCUUUCGUCGCUCGGGUGGACUCUUGGCCGCAACGACACACUUUCAAGCAUCAACAAAGCGGGCAGUACGCAGGGCACCGUUCAGAUCAAGCGUCGGUUUCAGUUCUCGUCUGCCCUCAAGCGCCAAAGCUCCGUGGCCACGGUUCAUGGCUCCAACUCGGCGGCUGGCAAGAAAAUAAAGGGUACCUUCGUCGGUGUCAAGGGCGCACCAGAGACCAUCAUGAAGAUGCUGGUCCAUGUGCCCGCCGACUACGAAGAGACGUACAAAUACUUCACCCGCAAAGGAUCCCGUGUUCUCGCCCUCGCUUACAAGCAGCUUACCGUGGACUCUGAGCUCGGCGCCGGCAAGAUCAACGACCUGAAGCGUGAAAAGGUGGAAUGCGACCUCACAUUUGCUGGGUUCCUCGUCUUGCACUGCCCUUUGAAAGAAGACGCCAAGGAGGCUGUCCAGAUGCUCAACGAAAGCAGCCAUCGCGUGGUCAUGAUCACUGGAGACAAUCCCCUCACGGCCGUCCACGUCGCCCGUGAGGUCGAGAUUGUGGAUCGCGAGGUUCUGAUUCUGGAUGCGCCCGAAGAUAACGCUAGCGGGCAGAAGCUUGUUUGGAAGAGUGUCGAUGAUAAGGUCAGCAUCUCGGUCGAUCCAUCCAAGCCUAUUGACCCCGAAGUCCUCAAAACCAAGGACCUCUGCGUGACGGGAUAUGCCUUGGCCAAGUUCAAGGACCAGUCGGGUUGGAAAUCCCUGUUGCGACACACAUGGGUUUACGCUCGAGUCUCCCCAAAGCAAAAGGAGGAAAUACUGCUUGGUCUCAAAGAUAUGGGCUACUACACUCUGAUGGCUGGCGACGGCACCAACGAUGUCGGAGCCCUCAAGCAGGCCCAUAUUGGCAUUGCGCUGCUCAACGGCACCAAGGAAGACCUGUCCCGCAUUGCCGAACACGCCCGCAACACCAGGAUGAAGGAGAUGUAUCAGAAGCAAUGCGACCUCAUGAAGCGUUUCAACCAACCCGCCCCGCCUGUCCCUGUCAUGAUCGCUCAUCUCUUCCCACCCGGCCCUAGCAACCCCAACUACGCAAAGGCCGUUGAGCGCGAGGCAAAGAGCAAGAACAUGACGCCGGAGGAAUACGCAAGGAUUCAGGGUCAUCCGACGGAGACGAUUGUCUCUCCGAACGCCCAGAGCCUCGUCAACGCGAAUGAACCCCGGAACGCCCGACAGGUCGAGGCGAGCAAGAAGGCCGCCAAUUUCGCCGACAAGCUCGCCUCGGGCAUGCUCGAGGCUGAGCUUGGCGACGAUGAGCCGCCAACGCUGAAGCUGGGCGAUGCUUCCGUCGCUGCACCGUUCACGUCCAAGCUCCGAGAUGUCAUUGCCGUCCCCAACAUUAUUCGCCAGGGUCGCUGCACGCUCGUGGCUACGAUCCAGAUGUACAAGAUUCUCGCCCUGAACUGCCUCAUCAGUGCCUACUCGCUGUCUGUCCUGUAUCUCGAGGGCAUUAAGUUUGGCGACACCCAGUACACCAUCAGCGGCAUGCUCAUGUCGGUUUGCUUCUUAAGCAUCUCUCGAGCUCGCGUGGUUGAGGGCCUCAGCAAAGAACGCCCUCAGCCCAACAUUUUCAACACAUAUAUCAUUGGCUCUAUCCUGGGGCAGUUCGCCAUUCACAUUGCCACCCUUAUCUAUAUUGCCCGACUCUGCGACAAGAUUGCCCCGCGCUCUACCGAUGGCCUGGACCUCGAGGCUGAAUUCGAGCCGUCCCUGCUCAACUCGGCCGUCUAUCUCCUUCAGCUCAUCCAGCAGAUCUCAACCUUUGCCAUCAACUACCAGGGCCGGCCAUUCCGCGAGUCCCUCUCGGAGAACAGGGCCAUGUAUUACGGAAUCGUCGGCGUCUCCGGUCUCGCCUUUGUCUGCGCUCUGGAACUGGUGCCCGAGAUCAACCAGGGCAUGAAGCUCGUGCCCUUUACCGAGGAGUUCAAGAUGAAGAUGGCGGCCUGCAUGGUCAUCGACUACGUCCUGUGCUUCAUCAUUGAAAAGGGCCUCAAGAUGGGCUUUAGUGACUACCGCCCGCGCGACAUUGCCGACCGUCGGCCGGAGCAGCUCGAGAGAGAAGCUGCGCGCAAGGCGGUCAUUGAGCAGAAGAAGGCCGAGGAGGAGGAGGCGAAGCGCCUGGAAAAGGUGGCUGCGUUUGAGCGCCAGGUCGAGGAUCGCAAGAGGAAGCUGCGAGAGUGGAGAGGCGGUCAGCAGCGGACACAGUAG